AUGGACAAGGUGCACACCACAGUUAUUCUGCCGAAAGGCACCAUGGAUGGGGCGCAUGCCGCAGUGACUCCGCAUGAAGUGAACGAGGUGCCUGCUGCAGCCAUGGGCGCUAGUUAUCUGGUGGAUGUAGCAGGGAAGCCCUGCUUGACGCAGCGGCGGAGCCCUGCCACCGGCGAGCUCUCUCUGGCGGAGGAGGGCGGGGGCGAGCUCGCCGUCUCCCUCGCGCUCAACGCCAGCGGGGACGCAGGCUUCGACACGGCCGCCUACAUAGGCGCGCUCCAGGCAAGGCGCUUCGGGAGGUGGAUUCUUUGGUCGCCGCGGAUGGCAUCCACGCACGACCUCGUGACACAGAACUUCGCCAAACUUCCGGUGGGCGUCGUGUGCGCCACAGACAUGCAGUUCAAAGGCAAAGGUAUGAUUGGAAUAAUCAACCACACCCUCCUCGUCCUACCGGAGGCAGCUCCCCUCCACGUGGCCGCUGCAAGAGCAGCCGUCGGAUCCUGACGCGUUGUCGACGAUGACUACGGCA